UCAUCCUAACCCUCCAUCUCUACUCGGCUUCUGUGUAAAAGUAAAACUACGCCUGACGCCCCUUUCCUCUCAAAACGACUGCGACUCGCAGCAUUCAUCGUCUUCUUCUUCUUCUUGAGAGGAAUGUUAUUCGUGACUCACUCUUUGAAUUUUCAUCACAGCAUCGAAUAGAGGUAGAGGUUGAAAUGGAGCAAUCGGUUUUGGACGACAUAAUCAACCGUCUUCUUGAAGUUCGCCACCGUCCAGGGAAGCAGGUGCAGCUAUCGGAGUCCGAGAUCCGCCAACUCUGCGCCGCUUCUAGAGACCUUUUUCUUCAACAACCUAAUUUAUUAGAACUCGAAGCUCCCAUCAAGAUUUGCGGUGAUAUACAUGGCCAAUAUUCUGAUCUUUUAAGGCUUUUUGAGUAUGGGGGAUUACCUCCUGAGGCCAACUACUUAUUUUUGGGGGACUAUGUGGAUCGGGGGAAGCAGAGUUUAGAAACAAUUUGUCUUCUCCUUGCUUUUAAAAUAAAAUAUCCUGAGAACUUUUUCCUGUUGAGGGGAAACCAUGAAUGUGCUUCUAUAAACCGGAUAUAUGGAUUUUAUGAUGAAUGCAAGAGAAGGUUUAAUGUAAGGUUAUGGAAGACAUUUACAGAUUGCUUCAACUGCCUGCCUGUGGCAGCCCUUAUUGAUGAAAAGAUUUUGUGUAUGCAUGGAGGAAUUUCUCCGGACUUACAUAAUUUGGAUCAGAUUAGAAAUCAACAGCGGCCUACUGAUGUUCCUGGUACAGGUUUACUUUGUGAUCUUCUUUGGUCUGACCCUAGCAGAGAUGUUCAAGAAUGGGGAAUGAAUGACAGGGGUGUUUCAUAUACAUUUGGCGCUGAUAAGGUCUCAGAGUUUCUCCAGAAACAUGAUCUUGAUCUAAUUUGUCGUGCUCAUCAGGUUGUGGAGGAUGGAUACGAGUUCUUUGCUAACCUACAGCUUGUAACAAUAUUUUCAGCACCGAAUUAUUGUGGGGAGUUUGACAAUGCUGGUGCCAUGAUGAGUGUUGAUGAGUCACUAAUGUGCUCUUUCCAAAUAUUAAAGCCAGCUGAUAAAAAAACAAAGCUCAAUUUCGGAAGUACAACCACUGCUAAGCCUGGAAACUCUCCAGCAGCUUUAAAGUCCUUCCUGGGUGCGAAAGUAUGAAAUUAAUUUUGCCAAAACUGCUGGUCGACUUGGUCCUGAAAUCUAAUGGUUGCAGGAAAAGGAAAGUCAAGUUCCAUUUCGUCUACUAUGAUAUUUGGGAAUUGUAAAAUCAUAGGAAAACACGUAAAUGACUAUAUGUAAACCAUUGUUUUUUCAUUGGUACAGAUUUGCAAUUCGAGAUGGAGAGCCAUAAUCUCCUUGUCUUCGUUGUACACUAGUAGUUGGUAUAUUUUUCUGAAUCUGAAUUGUAAGCUUCUCAAGCGUAGAUGGAUCAUCUGUGGCUGAGAACCAUUUGAAAAUGCUUAUACGAUGGACAUAGUGAUGGCAGUUGAGGCUGGUAAAACUCACUGUGGUUGCAUCUCUUCCUUUCUCUAUGUACUUUUCAUUUUUGCUUC